CUAUAUAAAUACCGGGCGUUCUUCUUUUAGUUUUCAGUCUGCUACCGUCUUUAGUCCAGGAAGAUUCAUAUCCAGGAAAUCUACAGGGAUAAAAAAUAAAGUGCUAUUUUAAUAAAAAUGGCAUUCGCUAACUCCAUAUCUAUUUCACUGUUGCUGAUCGUAGCGGUCAGCUGUCUGAUGACGAUUUCAGCCGAAGAAGAAGUGCCAUCAGUAGACGAGGCUGCAACUGGAAAUCGCCAAUCAAAGCAGCUUAUGCUUAUGCCACUGUCACCUGGCAGCAUCUAUCCAGCAAGUUAUCUCGGCGGCAGCCCAUACGAGCUCCCGUUGAUGAUGCCCCGUCAGUCACCUUUUAUCCAGCGGUACCCAGUCCGCAAGCAACAGCAACUUGCAUCAUUGAACCGGCCAUACGAUUACCCGCUCUUGUCAUCACCAGAACUUAAAGACGACCGCGAAGAAUCGGAAGAUGAGGAAAUCCCUGCCGCUUGGAGGGUUCAAGACGGAAUUGACGACUUUGACCAUUUGAAAUGGUGGAAAAAACGUUUCAACAGACAGGCAGUAAUUACCAUCAUUCCAGCAGGAACAGAGUGCGUGGCUGCCAACGUUGCUGCCGAUGGUUUCGGUCCCUGCAAACGAGCAACACAAGCCCCUCACGGAACUAUCGAUGUUAGACUUGCGGGUCCUGAUCCGUGGGCCGCGCAGUCAGCGGUUAUUGCGAUCACGGCUAAUUCGCCAGUCAAUACCAGAAUCAGAUUGAUCUGUACUGACAUCGUCUCUGCGGGAGUCUUUACACAAAAUGGCAAAAUUGCUACAGUUGCGGAUACACCUAGAACUGAGGUUGGAUUUAUGCACAUCGUAAUCACUAGCACGGCGGCCAACGCAGUGGUGAGAUGCUCGUGGAUAACUUACCGCCAUUACACAGCUACUUAUCCUUAGGGAUUGUUGACGACGUGAUGUUCCAUCCGGCCAAAUUAUUACUCUAUUGCUUCCGCUCAAUGCCGAUAAAAUCGCCAUAAAUGUGCCAGUGUCUCUUCUAGACUGUACAUUUCUUGUUGUGGCGAUUAGUAUAGUAUUUAUAUUUCAUUUCCACAGGAAAAGGUUUGAUUUGAGUUCUUAUAAUAUUUAAAAAUAAAAAUACCGGCAAACUGUUUUGAAUGCUAUAUCAAGUAUAACGUGCGAACAAUGUACCAGCAUCGAAACACUUAAUACACUCUAUCAGCCUGA